GCCAAUGGGCAAGCGAGAAAGGCGUGUUCCAGCCGGCGUGGGUGUAUGGGAGAAAAAGCGUGCUGGUGGGGGCUGACAGGCAGAGAAAGAACUCGCGGUUAGUGGCGCUCGGGUUUUCGUUUAUCCAUCAUGGCAUCCAAGUGCCCCAAGUGCGACAAGACUGUUUACUUCGUGCCAAAUUCAGGUUUUCUGCCCUGGCUGAGAAACUGUUCCUUCAGGAGCGCCCAGACUCUGCUGGGAGCUGAGAGGGCAGCUGAAAAAGUAACUUCCUUGGGAAAAGAUUGGCACAAGUUUUGUUUGAAAUGUGAGCGCUGCAACAAGACCCUGACCCCUGGUGGCCAUGCAGAGCAUGACACGAAGCCGUACUGUCACAAACCCUGCUAUGCAACAUUGUUUGGACCAAAAGGUGUAAACAUUGGAGGAGCAGGAUCCUAUAUUUAUGAUAAGCCUCCUGAAGGACAACUUGCACCAGGCCCUAUUGAGCACAUAUCCAAAAUGGAAGAAAAGAAAGUGAAUGUUGCACCAAAAGGACCUAGCAAAGCCUCCAGCAUUACUACCUUCACUGGAGAGCCCAAUGUCUGUCCACGCUGCUCCAAGAAGGUCUAUUUUGCUGAGAAGGUGACUUCAUUGGGCAAGGAUUGGCACCGUCCCUGUCUACGUUGUGAGCGUUGCGGGAAGACUCUAAUCCCUGGAGGCCAUGCUGAGGUAGGACUCCAUUGAGUUGGAUUCAGGUUU